CCCCUGCUGCAGGCAGCUUGUCUGCACGGACCUCUCCUGGCCCCCAGCCUGACGGUGUGUGGAGGCUGCGGGGCCACGCAGGAACAAGACAGUAGCAGGGCCCUCACGGUCUUCAAGGAGCAUAGUCGACAGAGUGUGUGGCCAUGCCCAGACCAAGGGUGCUCACACUGGGGACAGGGGUGUGAGGGGCGGGUCUGCAGUGUGGUGGCACCCUAGUGCGGAAUAGACGGCCACCUGCGGGCACAAUGUCCACUUCGUGCGUGGAGCUCUCUGGCCACUGGCUGGCCCACCCCCCAGGACACAGCUGUCCUCUGUGCUGGCUCUGAGCUGUCAGUGUCCAGAGCCCAACCCAGGAAGUGUUCCUGAUUCUGGUGGCCAACCAACCAGGAACUUGCACCCCAGCCCCUUCCCUCUGGCCCUACCAGGAAGGGUCCGGGCCCCAGGGACACAGAGGACCUUCCUGUUCCGACUCAGAAGGAAGUCAGCGACUGUCCCAGAAAGAGGGCUGCAUGCUGUGCUGGAAGGUGACGUCCUCCUGUUCCUGAACAUGAGCCUCAGGCAACUCGGGGAACCGCGUGGUGGGGGUCCCAGCGGCGCUGGCUCGCCGGCCCCGCCAGCCCUCCUCCUCCAUACGGCCGAGCCCCCGCCCGCCUCCCCACUCCUCUGAGCUCAGAGGGGCAACCGCAGCUGCAGCCAUGACGUGCCUCCUGCUCGCCCUGGGCAUGGCCCUCCUGCGUGGCACGCGGGCCGCCGGUCCCCAGACCAUGGGGAGCCUGGACCUAACAAAGGUGGCCGGGACCUGGCACUCCAUGGCCAUGGCGGCCAGUGACAUCUCCCUCCUGGACUCUGCUAGCACCCCCCUGAGAAUGUACGUCCAGGAGCUGAGACCCACCCCUGAGGACAACCUGGAGAUCCUCACGAGCCAACGGGAGAACCACCUGUGUGUGCGGAGGAGCAUCACGGCCCGGAGGACUGAGGACCCGGCUGUGUUCGCAGUGGCCUAUGAGGGGGAAAGAAAGAUUUCCGUGCUGGACACAGAUUACACGGACUACAUGUUCUUCUGCAUGGACGCCAAGGAGCCCACGGCUGAGCAAGGCACGGUGUGCCAGUACCUGGCCAGGACCCUGAAGGUCGACAACAAGGUCAUGGAGAAGUUCCACAGAAUUAUCCAGACCCUGCCUGUGCACAUGCGCAUCAUCCUGGACCUGACCCAGGGCAGAGAGCAGUGCCGCGUCUAGGGCCCGGGAGCCUUGGCCCUCUGCAGAGAGACGACGUCACCCCCUGCCUCCCCGUCAGAACAAUCAGGAGGGACUGAGGCCGAGGUGGCUGCAGGACGUGGCUCCGCCUGGGGGCCAGGCACCUCCAGGCCCCAGCCUGGGGUCUCCUGCUCUGAGCGGUUCCUCCUUCAGCAAUAAAGAAGUGACCCUG